AUGUUUUGUGAGCCUAAGUUUCAACCAGCUCCCUGGCUCUGUGUGGGAGAUUUUAAUGAGAUUGCGGAACAAUCGGAGAAGGUAGGAGCUACUCUUCGUCGUGAACCUCAGAUGGUUAUCCGGAAUACCCUGGAAUUUUGCGGGUUGAGUGAUCUAGGCUAUAAGGGACCACGUUUUACUUGGUGUAACAAUCGUUCCGAUGAUUCCUUCACCAAGGAGAGACUCAAUCGUGCAUUGGCAAAUGUGGAUUGGUGCUUUCAUUAUCAACAAGUCAUGGUGCAAGUUUUGGCAGCCCAAUCCACUGACCACCACCCCAUUCUUUUUGUUUUUCAGGAUAUAAAUGACAAAAGUACGCCGUAUAGGCGUGGUUUUAAGUUUGAGGCUGGAUGGUUGAAGGAUCCUGAGUUCCUAGAGCUUAUCCGUGAUGAAUGA